AUGCGCUUCUCCGCAGCUGCUUUCGUCGCGGCCUUGCCCGCCCUCUCCGCCGCGCAAGAGAAUCCUCUGGACCAAUACGUUGCUCAAUUCCAGCAGGUCUUGGGUCAGGCCAGCUCUUACAUCCCAACCCCCAACAAGUACGAUGCCGCUGCCGCCGAAGCGUCCAAGACGGGCCCCAUGAAGCUCUCCGUCUUGGCCCAGCACAACUGGGAGGACACUCUCUAUGCGCCUGUGGCGGCCGGCGCAAAGACGCCAGAGGAGUGGUGGAUCUUGAUCACUGGCGGAAACAAGACGUGCUUUGGCCGCUGUGACCAGCUUGAAACCGCUUUCCACGGGGCUGCUGCCAAGUUUGCGGAGCUCCCAACCACUCCUCACAUGGGCAUCCUCAACUGCGACAACCAGCCCAUCCUUUGCAAUUCCUGGGGCGCCAACGUGGGCAACAUCUGGGCCUUCCACAUGCUCCCCAAGCCCGCCCCCGUCGACAUCUACAAGAAGAGGCUUAACCUCACCACCGUCACUACGGACGAGAUUGUGCAGCUGCAAGAGGCCGGCAACAAGGAGGACUUUGUCCUCCUCGAGUCCUUCUGGCACCCCUUCAACGGCAAGGCCGCCGAGCUUGGCUUGUCCAUCCCUCUUGGCUAUAUUCUCUGGGUCUUCAACCUCCUUCCCCAGUGGGCGUUUAUGCUCAUUGUCUCCUUCGCCAGCCGAAGCAUGAUGGGCAACCGAGCUCAGCAGCGGGCUCAACAACGUGCCCCGGCCGCCGCCGCCGCGCCCAAAUAA